AUGGACAGGGAGCACAGCUUCUUGACUGCCAGCCCCCCAGGGUCUCUCCGGAUCUCCGACUGGGUCAUCUUGAACUGCUCCUUCAGCCGCCCUGACCUGCCAGCCUCUGUGCACUGGUUCCGAGGCAGAGUCCCUGUCCAGGAGUCCCCCCAUCACCACUUAGCUGGAAGCCUCCUCUUCCUGCCCCAAGUGAGCCCCUUGGACUCUGGGCCGUGGGGCUGCCUCCUCACCUACAGAGAUGGCUUCAAUGUCUCCAUUACAUACAACCUCACUGUUCUGGGUCUGGAGCCCUCAGUGCCUCUGACUGUGUAUGCUGGAGCAGGUUCAAGGGUGGAGCUGCCCUGCCACCUGCCUCCCGGUUUGGGGACCCAGUCUUCUCUCACUGCCAAGUGGGCCCCUCCUGGUGGAGGCCCCGACCUCCUGGUGGCUGGAGACAAUGGCAACUUUACCCUUCCACUGGAGGCUGUGAGCCAGGCCCAGGCUGGGACCUACACCUGCCACGUCCAUCUGCAGGGGCAGCAGCUCAGUGUCACUGUCACCUUGGCAGUCAUCACAGUGACUCCCAAGUCCUCUGGGUUACCUGGCAACCCGAGAAAACUGCUUUGUGAGGUGACUCCAGCAUCCGGACAAGAGCGUUUUGUGUGGAGCCCCCUGGAUAAGCCGUCUUGGGGAAGUUCCCCAGGACCCUGGCUGGAGUUGCAGCAGGCCAGACACGUUUCUCAGCCCUGGCAGUGCCACGUGUACCAGGGGGAGAGGCUUCUCGGGACAGCGGUAUCCUUCGCUGAGCCCUCUGGCCCAGGUGCCCAACACUCUGGGAGGGCCUCAGGUCCCCUGAAGACAGGCCAGCUCCAUCUGUUUCUCAUCCUUGGUAUCCUGUUUCUGCUCCUUUUGAUGACUGGAGCCUUUGGCUUUCACUUUUGGAGAAGACAGUGGCGUCCAAGAAGAUUCUCUGCCUUGGAGCAUGAGAUUCACCCACCUCAGACCCAGAGCAAGAUAGGGGAGCUGGAGCCAGAACCGGAACUGGAACCGGAGCCCGAGCCGGAGCCCGAGCCGGAGCCCGAGCAGCUCUGA